CGCUCCGCGCUGCGUGUGUGCAUUUGUGUGUGUGUGUGUGUGGAGGAGAAAUUACGAGACAGAAAGGGCCACUGUAGGACUCGGCGAUCGAAAACACAAUAGAGAAGCUAUUCUGCUUAGUUGUGAACGGCUUUGCAGAGGGACCGUGAAUCGCUUUUUGUGUAUGGCCGCCGUCGCCGCAUCUUUCGCUCAGCGAUAGGACGCGGGGCUACCGCCUGAUCAUUAUUUAUUUCGCCCAUUCUGCGCCGCAGCGUUGGGAGAAACGUGAUCGAGAGGCAGCGACAACGACGUGCUGAUCAUGGAUUAAUGCCCGAGUGAUUUUUCAUCUGAAAGAUUCCCAAUGUUGAACAUGUCCACAUCCAGUGAGCUGAAGUCCCCCUGCGUGACUCGCAACGGUCUGGUGAAGUUGCCCCCCAGCCAGCCCAACGGCCUGGGCAGUGCGAGCAUCACCAAGGGGACACCUGCUGCCAAGAACCGCUUAUGUCAGUCCUCCUCAGUACCCUCCAUCCUUCCUCCUCCACCAUCUUCUCUUUCCUACCAUCACCACCACCUGGAUGGUCCUGGCAUGCCUCACGCUGCCGCACCUCUCUUGGCCUCUGAGCCUGGAAAACCUCUGGUGGGUCUGAAGCCAUCUCUUUGCCAGCUUCCCCCUCUCACCCUACCCAAGCCUGUACUGCUGGAGCGUCAGCUUGUUCUGGAUGAGAAGCUGCUCAACCGACUGCUUUGGUACUUCACCACAGCUGAAAAAUGUGUAUUGGCGCAGGUGUGCAAGACAUGGCGCAGGGUGCUGUACCAGCCUAAGUUCUGGGAGGGUGUGACACCCAUCUUGCAUGCUAAGGAGCUGUACACCUUACUGCCCAAUGGGGAAAAGGAGUUCGUCAGCCUACAGGCCUUUGCUCUGCGUGGAUUUCAGUCUUUCUGUUUAGUGGGUGUUUCAGACCUCGACAUUUGUGAGUUCAUUGACAACUACCCACUGUCCAAGAAGGGUGUUCGCUCAGUCAGCCUCAAGAGGUCCACAAUUACAGAUGCUGGUUUGGAGGUGAUGUUGGAGCAAAUGCAAGGCCUGAUGCACCUUGAACUGUCAGGCUGCAAUGAUUUCACAGAGGCUGGCCUCUGGUCCAGCCUCAAGGCCCGGCUAACUUCCCUCAGCGUCAGUGACUGCAUCAAUGUGGCAGAUGAUGCCAUUGCUGCUAUCUCACAGCUCCUGCCCAACCUGUCAGAGCUGACCCUGCAGGCUUACCAUGUGACUGACACGGCCAUGGCCUACUUUACAGCCAAACAGGGUUACACCACCCACACUCUGCGGCUUCACUCAUGCUGGGAGAUCACCAAUCAUGGUGUGGUGAACAUGGUUCAUAGCCUUCCAAACCUGACCUCUCUCAGUCUCUCCGGCUGCUCCAAGAUCACAGAUGAUGGCGUGGAGCUGGUUGCUGAAAACCUGCGCAAGCUCCGCAGCCUGGAUUUGUCCUGGUGCCCUCGGAUCACUGACAUGGCCCUGGAAUACAUUGCCUGUGACUUGCACAAACUGGAAGAACUGGUGCUAGACAGGUGUGUACGGAUCACAGACACUGGCCUGGGGUACUUGUCUACCAUGUCAUCAUUAAGAAGUCUCUAUCUGCGCUGGUGCUGUCAGGUGCAGGAUUUUGGGUUGCAGCAUUUGUUUGGAAUGAGAAGCCUUCGUCUUCUGUCUCUUGCAGGCUGCCCCCUGCUGACCACCACUGGCCUGUCAGGCCUCAUCCAGCUGCAUGAGCUAGAAGAGCUGGAGUUGACUAACUGCCCUGGAGCAACUGCUGAGCUCUUCAAAUACUACUCCCAGCACCUGCCCCACUGCAUGGUCAUCGAAUAAGACCGACCCAUGAUCAACAGACCACCAUACUUCCUCUUUUUGUCACUCUUAUCCUAAAUGCUACCCAGGAUGCUAAGUGCUCCUACUAUACCACACUGUUGCUCAUUACCCCAUACCCAGCCCGUCUUCCUCCACACCACUCCAUCGAGUAGACUGACCCACAGCCGGACAGAGAGGCAGGAACUCAGAUGAUGGUACAUGCCAGACCGGCACGGUAAUGGGAUGGUGUCUGAGCUUCAUUUGAGAAGAUGCUGGAGUGAAAAGUUUGAUGUAACAUCUUGUCUCAGAGCAAGUUUCUUUUUCACAAUCACCAGCGGGCUUUUGCCUGCAGAAGACGGCAUCUUUAAAGACUCUGUGAGGGUUUAUUUUGACUUCAUCAAUACUGAAGGGAGCGACGGGCAGAUGCAGCCCAGAGGAAAUAAGAAACAUGGAAAUAAAGAUUUGUGUGUUUUAGCUGUUGGAACUCACAUACGCGGCCAUACACCGUAAACACACAAACAUCCUACAUACAGUGAAAGAAGUCAAAACCACGAGUUCAGACUGACUUCCAGCACCUGGUGUAAUAUAAAUGCUUUAUUCAUUCUUUUCUCAGAAGUAUUCAGCGCUUCAGUUUGCUUUGUUUAGGGAAAGCCAUAUGCCAUACUACCAUACUCCAUAUGCCAGCUGGGAAAAACAAGAUCAGAACUAAAGGUGCAGUUCAGUCAGCAAUGACGGGGACGGGACCAUCGCUCUUUUUCUCCUCUCUGUGUGUGACGUGUAUGUUGUGGACUCACAGCCACCCAUCGUUUUGGAAUAAAACCACAUUCCCACUUCUGUGUCUUAUCCGAAGUCAGAAAAGAAAAGAAAUGAAAUAAGAGGCUGAAAAUGUGAAAAAAAAGGAGGAAGAACAUCAGUUUACAUUUGCUUUUUUUUGUGUGUGUGUGUGGGGGGGGCUUGAUUAUUCUUAGUUUUUUGUGGUCUCUUCUCCAGUUGUUGCAAACAAAUGUAGUUGACAGAUGUGCUGCUGUAACUGCUGAAUGUUGAGACGGUGCAACACGAUCGACCCGUCAAUCAAACGUAAAGCAGAGACUGUGAUGCUUUUCUCUGAAACAGGGACCAGAACAGAAUUAUGAAUUGCUAACAAAGCUAACUGGACGUAGGCUGACACUGGAAACCUGAUAUUUCUGGAGUUCAACAAAUAAAUAAGUUGCGUUAGCGGAGGGGUCGGUGAGGAAGUUUGUGGGCUCGGAGAAUCCUGGUUUUGGAAUGUGCUGUUUAGUGUCUGAAUUUGAACUCGUGCUCACUGAAGCUGCUUAUAUAUUGUGUGCAAUUUGCUAAAGCCAGGUUACUUUAUGGUAAUAAAUAAAGGUGCACUGAGUGCAGUGUUACAGCGCUUCAACAAGGUCCACUAGAAACAAGAGUCUGAACUCUACAGGAGCUCAGGGCGACUUUAUUUAGUUUGUGAGAAAUUUUCCUGCCACCCAACAGUUAUUUUGACAGUUAAUUUAAUGAGCUGGACAUGAGUUAUAAUUGACAGUAUAAAUGAGUUGGUAUGAUAACGUCAGCGGCUGUGAAUGCAGCAGAACCAGACGGUAGGAAGCAAGGUGGAUUGUAGGUAUGCUAACCCUAACCAAACCCAGCUGUUGAGACCAGAUAUUGAACUAUAUAUUGACAUCAGAUAUUAAGAGAUUUCUGUAAACUGAGCAGCACAACACUAAACAGGGCUUUGUACUGCUAAACUACUAAAAGGCAUGCGUUUGAUUCCACUGUAGGAAAACCAGUCAUUUCCCAUAAGCCAAAGAAUCUUUAAGCAAGUGGUCAUUUUUUCUCUUCUAGCCAAUAUGAAAAGAAGCAAAGAGUGAGCCCCUGUCCGGCCUCCAGCUGUGCUGACUGCCAGCUGCAUGGAUCUGCCAGCGUCAGCCGUCAUCAGGCUGUGACAAAAGCAUCAGCAGCACUGCACAAAUGUGGCUGCUGACUGCGGUCAAAUGGACUCAGUGCUGCAUGAACAGUGACGUGCGCGCAUGUUUUUAGUUGGUCUGCUUUUUGUUACAGAAUGGUUCAUUUUGGAUGUUGUUCAGCAUUUCUUCAUUGCACAUGAGUAUAUUUAUUUAUUCAUGUAUUUAUUUAUUUACAUUGAUUUGUGUCUGAUGAAAUUUAUUUAUUUGAAGAGACAUUCUUAAAUCAAUUUUGUGUUUGAGAACUUGCUUUAUAUCUGGGCUUAUUUCAUUUAUUGUUGUUACUAUUAUAACGGUUAUUAUGAUUAUUAUUGACUCUUAGACGCCAUUAACAUCAUCAACAAUGAAUCUUCAGAAUACAUAAAAGUGUAUUUUCUUCUGUUCAAGUCUGUGUCAACUAUGGUCCCUUUCUUAAAAUAAGGGAGCAGACAGUGGUAAUUUUAUAAUGAUUUAGA